CACUGAAGCGUCGGUUUAUUUGCACUGCUGAUCAAUAAAAGAAGAAAUAACCCUUUUGUCCGCUUUCACGCCGUAAUCCCACGGAGCGCGUAACAUUGCGGAGCACGGUGCGUCACGCGCCCGUGACUACAGCUCCCGACAUCCCGCACGCGCUCAGCCGCCCCCCCCUCAGGCGCGUUCAUGUGUAUGCACGAGGCGUUUCUGCGGCGAGCCGCUGGAUGUCGGUGUGUUCUGAGGAGGAGGAGGAGGAGAGGAGAGCAGCAGCAGCAAGAGGAGGAGGAGGAGGAGGAGGAGGAGGUGUCUCCGCGCUCCGCCGCUCCAGCAUCCCGAUGGAGCAUCCCGAGCACGCGCCGAUGUGUUUCACUCCGGUCCUCUAACGACACACACGGUUGCCCGUUUUUGCGCGCGUGUGUGUGUGCGCGCGCGUGUCUUUUCGGGAGGCUCUUCUGCUGCGAGCCGUGUGACGCUACGAUGUCGGCGCGAUGUGGGAUUUUGUUGCUGUGCGUCUGCGGGGCGAUUUGCGCCCCUCCGUCCGGCAUCCUCGUCCCCGGAGGAGCAGGAGAUGCCGGGGGCCUCCCCGGGGCCGAGAGCACCGUCCCCCUCCGGCUCAUCUACUCCAUGCACCGGGACGGCCAGAUCGCGCACGACGUGCUGGACACCAGGAUCGCGGCGCGCUCCCACCCUGGGCAGGUGACACACGUGGCCCAGGCGAGCUUCCAGGUGGACGCCUUCGGCAGGAGCUUCGUCCUCGACGUGGAGCUCAACCAUGAUCUGCUGUCCUCAAAGUACAUCGAGAGGCAUAUUGGGGAGGAUGGAAAAUCAGUCGUUUCCAAGGGCGGCGAGCACUGCUACUACCAGGGCAAAGUGAGAGAGAUUCCCGAAUCGUACGUGGCCCUGUCCACCUGCCACGGACUGCACGGGAUGUUCUUCGACGGAAACCACACGUACAUGAUCGAGCCAGGAGGAAGCGACGGCGCCAGUGGAGAUGUCCAGGUUCACAUGAUUUAUAGGUCGACAGGCCUCGAAGCUCCACCUGACAGCGUUCGUCCAGUUUCUGUUCCCAAAAUCCCUCCAACACCUGGUCCCAGCGCUGUGCUUCGCAGGAAGAAAAGACAGGUGUCCACAACUCCACGCAGCGUUGAGGAUGAAACAAAAUACAUUGAGUUAAUGAUCAUCAACGACCAUCUGAUGUACAAGAAACAUCGCCUCUCUCUUGGUCAGACGAACAAUUAUGCAAAAUCUGUCGUGAACAUGGCUGAUAUUAUAUUCAAAGAGCAGCUGAAGACACGCAUCGUCUUGGUGGCGAUGGAGACGUGGUCUGCUGACAACCGCAUCAACAUCAACGAUGACCCGCUGGUCACACUGCGGGAAUUCAUGAAGUACAGGCGGGACUUCAUCAAGGAGAAGUGCGACUCUGUGCACCUGUUCUCAGGGAGCCGCUUCCACAGCAGUCGGGGAGGAGCCUCUUACAUGGGAGGAGUGUGUUCAGUGAGCAAAGGGGGCGGAGUCAAUGAGUAUGGGAAAACCGAUGAGAUGUCGAUCACAUUGGCACAGUCUCUAGGACAGAACAUCGGCAUUUUCUCAGACAAGAAAAGGAUCAUGAAUGGGGAGUGCAAGUGCGAUGACAAGUGGUCUGGGUGCAUCAUGGACGACGUUGGCUUCUACCUCCCUAAGAGGUUUUCUGACUGUAACGUGGAGGAAUACCACAACUUCCUCAACAGCGGAGGCGGAGCCUGUCUCUUCAACAAGCCCUCAAAGCUGCUAGAUCCCCCCGAGUGCGGCAAUGGGUUUGUGGAGCCGGGCGAGGAGUGUGACUGCGGCAGCCCCACGGAGUGUCAGAAGGAGGGGGAAAACUGCUGUAAGAAGUGUACUCUCACCCAGGGUUCGAAAUGCAGCGAUGGACUCUGUUGUAAAAACUGCCAGCUCGAGUUCAUGGGGGUCAUUUGCAGAGAUGCUGUGAAUGACUGCGAUAUCCCUGAGAACUGCACUGGGAACUCCAGCCAGUGUCCACCUAAUGUCCACAAAAUGGACGGGUAUACCUGUGAGAAAGACCAGGGUCGUUGCUUCAAUGGAAAAUGCAAAACAAAAGACAGACAGUGCAAAUACAUCUGGGGAGAAAAAGCUACAUCGGCUGACAAGUUCUGCUAUGAGAAGCUGAAUAUUGAGGGGACGGAGAAAGGGAAUUGUGGGAAGGACAGGGACACCUGGAUUCAGUGCAACAAACAGGAUGUGCAGUGUGGGUAUCUCCUGUGCUCCAACAUUGCUCCCACCCCGAGGCUGGGGGAGCUGCAGGGCGGAUUGACCUCCUUCUCGGUGGCCCAACACAGUGCCUCUCUGGACUGCAGUGGGGGUCACGUGAUCAUUGACGGAGACACGGAUCUGGGCUACGUGGAGGACGGGACGGCCUGCGGGACUGACAGUAUCUGCUUCAACCACCGCUGCCUCCCGGUACAGGAAUUCAACUUCAGCACCUGCCCUGGCACCACCGACAGGAAGAUCUGCUCUGGCCACGGGGUUUGCAGCAAUGAGCUCAAGUGUGUGUGCCAGCUGGGCUGGACCGGGGAUGACUGCAACACCACCUCGCCUCUCAGCUACUUGGUUGUUGGACCAACAGCCUCGGCUUCCGGCGUCAUCAGCACCAACAUCAUCAUAGGCGCCAUCACAGGCACCAUUCUUGUACUGGCACUCAUUCUGGGCAUCACCGCCUGGGGCUACAAGAACUACCGGCAGCGGAGGCCGGUGCCCCCCGGCGACUAUGUCAAAAAGCCCGGGGACGCGGACUCCUUCUAUAGCGACAUGCCCCCCGGCGUGAGCUCCAACUCGGCCAGUAGCUCGAAGAAGAGGUCUGCCUACCUGUCCCACUUACAGAUCUAUACGUGCUCCAUCACUCCAUCCAUCCCCUCCAUUAGUCAGAACAUCUCAUUGUUUGGCUUCAGGUCCAACGGGCUGUCACACUCGUGGAGCGAGCGGAUUCCGGACGCCAAGCACAUUUCGGAUAUCUGCGAGAACGGGCGGCCCAGGAGCAAUUCCUGGCAAGGAAACAUGGGAGGCAACCGCAAGAAGGUGAAAGGGAAGAAGUUCCGGCCACGAUCCAACUCCACAGAGUAUUUAAGUCCUUGGUUCAAAACAGAAUAUUAUGUAACUAAAUGGGUAGAAGAUGUGAAUAAAAACACUGAAGGACCAUACCUUAGAACGCUAUCCCCAGCCAAGUCACCCACCUCAUCCACCGGUUCCAUCGCCUCUAGUAGGAGGUACCCAUACCCGAUGCCCCCUCUCCCGGACGAAGAGCGGAAGACCAACCGGCAAAGUGCAAGGCUUUGGGAAACAUCAAUAUAAGACUCCUCUUCUUUGCUCAGCCAGACUACUUAACGAACUACAUUUUCGUCCGCUUUUCUAUGAAUGACAAACAAAACGAAAGGAGAAAAGGAGGCUGAAGAGGAUGUGCGUGCAGAGAGGUGCCGGACCGAGCCGCACCGAAGGUCACACCUCCAGCAUCCGAAGGCACCGCUCCGCCGCGCGGAAUCGGGGCGGCUGCUCACCUAGACGAUAAGCAAAAAUACACAGAGGGGAAUCCUGUAGGUGAUUAAGAGUCGCUUCCCGUGAUCCCCCUCACCCAAACCCCCUCACCACCACUAUCACCAUCACCAUCACCAUGAGAAGUACAUUGACGGCGCGCCCCUCCCCCUCCCCCUCCC